AUGCACCAGCAGCAGCACACUCCCUUCUUUCUCUCGCACGCUUCUCCCCUCGACUCAAACUCGACGAGCUCGACAAUGUUCGCGUCGCCAGCCCAGUUCGACCCGUACGCGUUCGCACACAUCGCGACCGGCUCGCCCGCACCGUCGACCGCCUCGUCGUCGAGCAGCUCGGCGUCUCCGUCGCUCUUCGACCUCCCUUCGCCCCAAAGCAUGCCCAUCUCGACUCCAUCGCCCAGCUCGUCGUCCUCGCUCGCACUCCCUUUCUACUCCGACUCGCACACAGGUCGCUCGUCCAGCUACGACUCGCACAUGGGAGACUUUGCGCUGCCGCAGACCGCGUCGACCGGCGGAAUGACCAUCAACCCGUCCCUCCUCUUCGGCGCGGACUUCUGCGCGCCCGCACCAACCGACUCGUUCCUCUCCUCCUCUGCGCCCUCCUCCUCUUCCUCGUCGCACCCCUUCUUCCCCUCGUCCUCGCCUCCCCAACCCCUCCCCCCUCCCCUCUUUGGCGAGUCCACAACGCCGCAACAACGACGCGCACAAGUCGCAGCCCUCUCCUCCCUCGUCGUCGUCAAGCCCGCGCCGUCCUCCGCCGGACCCGUCAAGCGCGGGAAAGGCGGUGCAGCUCGUACGCGCAGUCUGAGCCAAGGACGCGCGACGGCUGCCCCACGAGGUCGACGAGCGAGUGCGAACGACAGCACGGACGACGGAGGAGCCAAAUCGGCGAAAUCCUGGCUCGACGCGCUCAAAGAAGCCGAAAUCAAAGCCAAACUCCGCCGACUCCAAACCCAGGCUCAGUUCGAUGGUCCGCCGACGCCCGGGAGCGGUGGGAGGAUGGCCCAGCUCCAGAGCCAGUUGUUGGCGCAGAGUAUGGCCCCUCAGACGGGACCGGGGAUCGUCGCACAGUGCGAGGCGUCGACCGCCAUGUUGGGCGGCGCGGCGUUCCCUUGGGUGCGGUAG